AUGCCUGGUCCUGGUGGUCGCAAAACCAAGAGCAAGCCAAAAGGUCCAGCUCAAACUCCUGCCAGCUCAUCUAAUUCGCUUGUUGUGCCGGAUGUCUUUCUUGGCGAUAUCGAUAAUGCUGAAGGCUGGAGUAUGAUCGUCACCAUUCUUUGUGACACUCUCGACAUCCCCGACCUUUCCACUCGUAGUGGUCUCAAAAAAGUUCAUGCCAACUUUGAUUCCAUCUACAGACGCAUCGACAAGGUUUACCAAAGGAAUGCGAACAAUGAACGGAUCAGGGGAGGCAUCGUGGGCAUCUACGCUAAGAUGUCUGUGGACUCCAUCUUGAGGAAUAAACUUUUUGAAAGAGGAUUACUCGACAAAUUAAUGCCUUUGAUUGGCAUCCAGUCAACGCGCCAUCUAGCCUUACGUGCUCUCGGAACUAUCACACACCACGGAGGUGCCCACAUUCGCAUCGAGAUCGCCAAACAUGCGAAUGUCUUGACCAAGCUCAUGCAAGAACACCCUGAAGACGACAAAGUCGCUGAGCUAUCCGUAACUACUCUUGCCCACUCCGUUGUGGCAGUCUGUGAAGGAGGCGCUGCCCCAGCCAAUCCCAAGGUUCUCUCCUCGCUCGACAUGCCUACUAUUCUUCAAGAGGUCCUCAAGGCCGUAAAGAGACCUGCGUCAACGUCCUACACUCUUGAUCAUGCCAUCGAGCUUUUCGCGAUGGGUACCCUGCACGCUACGGCUGCCUACAAAGCAUACCCACCAGCCGUCAACCUUCUCGUAGCUGGGCUACGCAGCAAGGACUGGGUGAUACGUUGCACGUGUCUUGGCGGGUUAAUUCGGCUUCACAGACACGAAGCGGAGGAUGACCAGCGCGGCCUUGACCCCAACAAAUUUAUCGGUGCAAUUCAGCGAGGGUUUCCAGACCACCUUAACGAUGUCUUGAUGGCGUACGGUCCGACCGAUUGUGAUAUUUAUCUCACCUUGAAAACUUCGACCGACUUUCAGAAAGCAAUGGUGGCUUGUGCACAGAACAAAGACCUGUACAAACUUGGUUUGAAGCUUGCCGAAUUCAUUUUGCGCACCGAAUUUUCCAUCGCAGAUGGCAUGUUCCAAUACCUGGACGAACGCACGGGGAAAUACGAGACUGCCGAUGUUGGGUUGCCCUUUACCAUGUACGCCGAAUCUCUGCCCCACUGCGCCAAAGCAAUCCGCGGGAGGAAGCGGCCGAACGAGGAGGAUCUGGCCGACAUCUUGGAUAUCAAAUACAGGAUCAUGAAACAACGCCUACCUGAUGCUGUUGAGCUUGCAAAGAAGGCCCUCCUGCGCAACCCAAACGGAGCUUACUUUUACUAUGCCAUUACCUUAUCUGCGGAUAACGUCCAGGGACUUCGUGCGGCGAAAAAAGGUCUCAAAUGCAAGGAUAUAACGCCAUUCGUCAGAUUUCAGUUGAUGCAACGGGCUGUGGAGCACGCAGGUGAUAUGGGGAUCCGCCUUCUUCAGGAUUCGCCUCAAUCUGGGGAUCACAAAUGGGAAGAAGGCAUCGCGUUCUUGAUGAGCGCAUUGGAAGACUCGAAGACUUACGUCGAGCAAGCACCACCGGACAACAGACAUAUGAAGAAUGUCUCAUAUUGGAAUAUCCUGUUGACGAUUACGAUCAAGGAGCAUUUGAGUCCUGACUUGAGUGAAAUGCGGGGUGCACUCAAACGGCUCGAAAUCGCGGACGAAUUCAGCAUCUUUAUCGGCGUUCCCCCGCCCAAGACAAACCUCAGACUUGCCCAACAAUCUGUGGUUGAACUUUUCCCCAAAGCCAUGGAGGGAUUUUCCGACAUCAUAUCUAGGAAUGAGGUUGAGGUCGAGAAGCCCGUCCUUUCUCCAGGAAAACUGGAAGACGACUUGGCCGCGUGGUUGGACGGGGUGUCUAUGGACGGGACGAAUGGGGAAGAACAAGAAACGCAUUGCGUGCAUCCCAAGAUCACUGAUUCUUCGGUGGCUUUGUAUCGCUGCUCGUGGUGCGGCAAUCCCUCUGCUGCGUUAAGAAAAUGCAGCAGGUGCUCAAAGACGAGAUAUUGUGAUUCUGGCUGCCAGAAGGCGCAUUGGAUAUCAUUUUGCUGGUGUGGGAUCCCUUCCCCAAUCUCUUUCAUGAUGCAUGCACGGGCUUGGCAGCAACGAUUACAACGCCUCAUUGCCAUUCAAUAUCUCAACCUUCUUGGGGCAAGUGAGGGGGGGGUGAUACAUGGACGGUGA